CAUUCCCUCUCCCCGAUGCUCCUCCUCUCUCCGCAUGGUGCUAAGUCCUUCUGAAAGCUUGCACUACCACUUUCCUCACACAAGAGCCCUUUUCUGCGUCGCCAGCAAACAACAUGGCAGACGUUGCCGUCCAACCCGACGGAGGAAGCGGCGGGAUUGUGAUUAACGAUGACUGGCCAGGCUACAGUUUAGACCUCUUCAGCUACCCAGCUCACUACUCCGGAGAUUUAGACUGUGUCUUCAUUCCGCAUGGCGUCAUUAUGGACAGAACGGAACGACUGGCUAGAAACAUCAUGGAUGACCUGGGGGACCACGACAUCGUGGUGCUGUGUGUGCUGAAAGGAGGCUACCAGUUCUGUGCCGACCUGGUGGACAGGAUCAAGGCUCUCAGCCGCAACUCCAACCACACGAUCCCCAUGAGAGUCCACUUCAUCCGGCUCAAGAGCUACCUGAAUGACCAGUCGACGGAGGAUCUUCACAUACUCGGAGCGGAGGAUUUGUCUUUUUUAGCUGGAAAGAACGUACUGAUUGUGGAGGCCAUUGUAGGCACUGGAAAGACAAUGAAGGCUCUACUGAAGCAUGUUGAAGCCUUCAGGCCCAAAAUGAUCAAAGUAGCAGGAUUGCUGGUGAAGAGAGUGCCACAUAACUCAGCCUGUCUUCCUGACUACGUCGGCUUUGAGAUACCCGAUCGCUUUGUGGUUGGAUAUGCCUUAGACUACAAUGAGUAUUUUAGAGACUUGAAUCAUAUCUGUGUGAUCAGUGAAAGCGGAAAGAUGAAAUACAAGAUUUAAAAAGAUGGAGGCGCCUGUUCCACAGAUGUCAUCUAACAGCAAGCCUGAACAUUUUCCCUGAGAUGCCAUUCAUUUACAGCUGCUAUCAUGACAUUUGAUCUCAAGCAUCCCGGGUUUUAUUAUAGCAUUCCUUCUAUUAAUCUGUUUUAACAAUAGACGGUGACACUUGACUGGUAACUUUAGCAGGGCAUGCUUCACUGGGUUUUUAAAAACAACUUUAUUCUUCAUGUUUACAGAGGUGAUUCUUCAUUUGGAAAAAGUUUAAUACUAGGGUACUGUUACUGUUUCUUUGUUAGUUUGACUCUAACACAAACGCCAUCUUAAUUUCACUUCUUCUUCUUAUAUGCAACUUAAAGAACUUGAUAAUCAUGACCUGUAUGAAUGUGAUAGUGUAGAUGAGAUAACAAAGGAAACACAUCUCUUAAAAUUAAAAGGGAGUUUUGUUUUAUAAGAAAAUUACUGAUAGAUUCUUACAUUUACCUGUGUAUACUCUGUUUUAUUUAGUUUUCUACCUGUCAACGUUAGUGCUUAGGGGCAAACAAAGUAGUUUUGUAAACACUAACUGUACUACCUCUUUUUUUCAGUAUUUGAGUUGUAGUGGGAUAGUUUUGUUGAGUCUGUAUUUGUUUUUUAUAAUUUAACAUACCAGUAAAAUAUUUUUAAGGA